GCAGCUGCUCCUUCGCCAUUGCCAGUCCCAACGUCCACUCCCGGCUUGCAUUGCGGACGGAUCCAGGCUGAAAGUGUCAAACGUUGUCUGCCUUCUUUCACACACAUCCUGCUUCCCACUUGGGCAUCCUCCACAUUGGCACAUCGACAGAGACAUCCACUCGAUUCCCCGAUCGGCUGAGCUGUUCCUGCUCCAAUUCGAUCCGAUCCUCUACCUGCACGCUGUCCAUGGGUAUUGUGCUCCGUGGCAGCCUCCUCCCCUGUAAGGCCCUGUCCGGUGACCGUCUCGCACAUAUCUGGCGACAACAUCGCGCAUUCUCCGCGACGUUUGCUCCGGCGCCUGCCGCCCAGCGCCCCAACCGCCGCCAGCGACCCCCUGCGGCCGCCAUUGCUCCGCACACAACCUCCUAUAUCUCUUCCAGCCCCAUAACUGGAGACCCUCCGACUUUCACAAUGGGCCAGCGAAGGAAGCGAUCCAGUGCUGCUGCCACUGCCGCCGAUACAGAGGAACCACACGGAGUUCGGCAGCAGACCACGCCUCCAGGCAGCGAGGAGCCUGCCAACACGAUGCCGAGCCUCGGACCCCGCAGAUCAGGCCGGCACGUCAAGGAUGGCGUGGGCCUCCGGGCAAAGAACGACGACUCUCUUGCAGGCGCGAAGACGAAUGGGUCUAACAAGGCAUCGGCGGCGUCUACAGGACGUGACAAGCGCAGGACAGGCAAGAACAAGUCCGACGGCGACCAGAUGGACAUUGCCAUGGAGGGUCUUCGCGAGAUGGAGUACUCGUUCCGUGACGCCGUCAAGCGGCAGAAGCUUGCCGUCGGGGAAACCUCGUUCAGCAUACCGCCUGACGCUAUCCACGACGAGACCAAUUUAUUCAACGCGGAACUGCGAACAGGCACCUCCGAGAUGCUGACAGCCAACGACGAGGCGCCAAAGGCGACGAAAGAUGAUCAGACGCAGGCCAUCGCAUGGGGCCGCACCCCGCCGCGCGAGAAAAUCGACCAGGACCCGGAAUCACCGUGCGAGGAUGAAGUUGAGGGCAUGCCGCUAGAGGACGAGUCGAGUGCCAUCCGCCAGGCUGCCUGGAGGCCGCCGCCCGUAAACAGUGAUAUCUUGCCCUUGCCGUGGAAGGGUCGACUAGGAUAUGACCUGCCGUAUCGCGUCCAUCAUCGAGCACAGGCAUCCGCUCAUGCACCCGGACCAGCCAGAACAUCCCACCAAGAACCGCCCAGACAGGAAGCAACCCGCCGAUGUGGCACGUGGACAACGCUACGUGGAGAACCUUGGACUUACCAAUGCGCGCGACAUUGUCAAAAUGCUGCGGUGGAACGACAGGAGUACGGGUACAAGUUGGCGCCCUUUGCCUCGGAGGUGCUGGCAGAUGCUGGUAAAGUCGCUGGGGAGCUGGGUCACCGCUUGACCACGCAUCCUGGGCAGUUCACACAACUCGGCUCACCACGCAAUGAAGUCGUGCGGAAUGCUAUUCGGGAUCUUGAGUACCACGACGAGAUGUUGACAUUGCUGCGCUUACCUGAACAGCAGAACAAGGAUGCCGUCAUGAUCCUGCACAUGGGCGGCGUGUUUGGCGACAAGGCCGCAACGCUGGAUCGAUUCCGGGAGAACUACGCCAAGCUGUCUCCCAGCAUCAAGGCGCGCCUCGUGCUCGAGAACGAUGACGUCUCGUGGCACGUGCACGACCUCCUGCCCAUAUGUGAGGAGCUCAACAUUCCAAUGGUGCUCGACUAUCACCACCACAACAUCAUGUUUGACGCGGACAAGAUACGCGAGGGUACGCACGACAUCAUAGACCUGUACCCUCGUAUCAGAGCCACCUGGACGCGAAAGGGCAUUACGCAAAAGAUGCAUUACAGCGAGCCGUGCCCGGAGGCCAUCACCGGGCGGCAGCGGCGCAAGCAUAGCCCCCGCGUGGCGACACUCCCACCAUGCGCGAAUGACAUGGAUCUGAUGAUCGAGGCCAAGGACAAGGAGCAGGCGGUCUUUGCCCUGAUGCGCAACUUUAAGCUUCCCGGCUGGGACCGUAUCAACGACAUUGCGCCCCAUGAGCGCGAUGACGAGAAUAAGCCUCCGCCCAAGGCGACCAAGAAGAAGGCAAAGAAGUCGACGCCAAAGAAGAAGACGGACAAGGCUGCCAUGGGCCAGGACGAAGACGGCGAUGCCGCCAUGCCGGACACUGCUGACCCUCCCGAGGCGGGUGAGGAUGAGGCACCCAACAAAGAGGCAGAGAAAAUCCCCGAGAGCGAGGUCAGCAUGGGCGGACCAGACGGACGUGUCUUUUGGCCGCAGGGUAUGGAAGAGUGGUUGCGGCCUAAGAAGCGACUGCAGACGAAGAAGAUGAUGAGCAAGCCUGAUGGCAAGGACGACGAAGAGUAAUGUGCAUGGCUCAUAUAUUCUCCACCGUGUUGAGGUUUGGUGUGGCGAGUCUGUCGGGACGGGCUAAAUUUGUAGAACAAGCAUCCAGAGUAUUGUUUGGCAGCGUGUUUGAAAGAAAUGGAAAAGGGUUUGCAUUUUGGCCAACAUCAUUCGAGCUAUGUAUGAGUGGAGGAGCUUGCGGGUUGUAAGACCCACGACACGGGUGAUCGUGAUUGAACUCAUAGGGCACACGUCACGCUAAUAAGUCAAAUGCUUGGUCCCAAGUUGAACCAGCU